AUUGAUGGUGGCGCAGGGGCCGUAGCGGCCACUUUUGUCUGCCCUCUUGAUGUGAUCAAGACGAGGCUGCAGGUCCACGGGCUGCCCCGGAUGCAUCCCUCCCACCGCCGAGGUAGUAUCAUUAUUUCGAGCUUGGAUCAAAUAAUUAAAACGGAAGGCUUUCAAGGACUGUAUCGUGGCCUUACUCCAACUAUUGUAGCACUACUUCCAACUUGGACAGUGUACUUUACUGUGUAUAAUCAGCUGAAAAGCUUUCUUCGUUCACAUGAUGAAGGAAAUGAUCAACUCUCACUUGGUGCUAAUAUUGUGGCUGCAGUAGGUGCUGGAGCUGCAACAGCAUGUACAACUAAUCCACUAUGGGUUGUUAAAACCAGGCUGCAAACACAAGGAAUGAGGCACGAUGUAGUGCCCUAUAGAAGCAUGUUAUCUGCUUUAAGAAGGAUUGCACAAGAAGAGGGCAUUCGUGGGCUUUACAGUGGCCUUCUUCCUUCUUUAGCUGGGGUUAGCCAUGUGGCUAUCCAAUUUCCAGCGUAUGAAAAGCUCAAAUAUCACUUGGCCAAAAGAGAUAACACUACGGUUGACAAGCUAAGUCCCGGGCGUGUAGCUGUGGCUUCUUCGCUGUCUAAAAUAAUAGCCUCAACAGCGACAUAUCCUCAUGAGGUUAUACGGUCGAGGCUACAAGAACAAGGCCAUGCACGUAACACCACAGACCGGUACACUGGUGUGUUUGAUUGUGUAAAGAAAAUCUUCAAGAAUGAAGGCAUCGCCGGCUUCUACCGCGGCUGCGCCACAAACUUACUGAGAACUACCCCGACUGCUGUUAUUACUUUCACCAGCUAUGAAAUGAUUAAGAGAUUCUUACACCAAGUCCUUCCUACAUGAGGCAGAAAAUUCUGAAUCCAUCCCGUCUACCAUACGGAAUGAAUUCAAGAGCAAGGUGCUUGCAAUAAGGGAGGCAAAUGUCGAAGAACUAAACUCUCGACACUAGAGAGAGUGUGCUUGUUGAAGGGUAAAUUGCACCGUUUCGUAUCCAACCGGUUGCACCAUUCAUAUCCCAUCUUUACUGAAGUUUGCAGUUUCCUCCCCGAACUUCUAUUUUUUUUUUUUUUUAAUCAGUUCUGUAACUGCUGUUAGCUGCUGCAAUCAGGUCUCCUCCGUUGAAAAGUCCGUUGACUAGGACAAGUUGUCACAUUCUGGAGAUCUAUUUGUGCUCUCUCGUAAUUCCCGUCUGAGUUUACAGAUUCCUUGAUGAAAGGUUCUUUGAAACAAAUAAGGGCCUUUGGGGACCAUAUUGCAAAGAUUGAAAGGUUGGGGACCAAAGUGAAAUUUUGGGCGAAAGCUCGUAAAUUGAGUUGCAUGGUGUUUUUGAGGCUGGAUCCAAGUGUGUGUAGAUUUGUUGGUCAACUAAUCCCUCUUUUCUUUUAUUUAUAUUUUCUUUCCUCCAAGGAGGGCAAUGGAAUUGACUUAUAUUGGUUAGGCCAUCUGAACCUCUUAGAAAAAAGGCUAAUAUCUGGAUUAUUGAAUGCAGUGGUGUUGUCUCUCAAUGUUGUUAGGAUGAUUCUGGAUUAUUGAAUGCAAUGGUGUUGUCCCA